GCAUAGCUAGGGCUCAGGGAAGUCGUUCUUCCAGGCGCUAGGUACUUAGCGAGGCGCUAGCUGUAGGCUACCAUGUACAUUCUCUCGUGACAAACUUCUUGCCCUUUCAACUGUUGUGCAAGCUUUAUUUCACGACGCGCGCUUGCAGCUGCAGCAUUUCGAAAAGAGGCGUCUGGUUCAGGAGGCAACACGGACUUUCAAGCACAGAAAGCUUGGUAGACGGUGGCAGAUUCAUAUAAUGUGCUGCUUUUUGCUAAGACAAGGCGAAAUCUGCUUCUUCUAGAGUGCGGCGAAACUUUUGGCCGAUCGAAGCCAUUGGCAAAAAGGGUAACCUGAUCGCAACAUUAUUUCUGGUCAGGGAAUUGCCGCAAAAUCAGCAGCUGAGCGAAGAUCUGUGGAGUAGCAGUCUGAGCUAACCAGGAACAUGGGAGCACUGGACGGUUUGUCUCUUACCCACGAGCAUGGCAAGAGCCGUGUGCGAGUGUGCCGGGUGUGGCGGGAGGGGAAUAUGCACUACAUGGCUGAGUGGAGUGUUAACGUGUCCCUGGUCUCGGACGUCGAGGAUGCCUUCACCAAGGGCGAUAAUCGUGGCAUCGUAGCGACUGACACCUGCAAGAACACGGUCUACGUGGUGGCAAAACAGUGCAAGGAGCGCUGCUCAGCGGAGGAGUACGCAAUUAAGCUUGCCCAGCACUUCUUGAAGAAUUACAGCCAUGUGUCAGAGGUGACUGUAGCCAUCACAGAGAAGCCCUGGGUCAGAGCAACUGUCGAGGGCCAGCCACACAAACAUGGUUACCAGCUGGCAGUGGCGAAGCACACUGUGGAGGUCAGCUUGCCGCGGAGUGGCCCCCUGAAGCUGGUCUCAGGCGUUGCCGACCUCACUGUAGCCAAGACUACGCAGUCUGGCUUCUCCGACUUUUACCAGGAUCAGUACACCACCCUGGGCUCGGUGUCGGAGCGCAUGCUGGCCACGUCCAUUCGCUCCACGUGGACCUACUCGCGCCUCCCCUCGGAUAUGACUGCGACGUUCGAGGGCAUCAAGACUACGCUGGCCGAGACGCUGUACGGGCCGCCAGACAAGGGCGUGUUUAGCCCCUCCGUCCAGGCCACGCUCUUCCACAUGGCCAAGGCCGUCCUCGCCAAGUACCCGGAGGUGGCGUUGGUGCACCUGAACAUGCCCAACAUCCACUUCCUGCCGGUCAAGCUGCCGUUUGUCAAGUUUGAAGAUGACGUUUUUGUGGCCACCGACGAGCCGCAUGGGACAAUCCAAGCAACGCUGCGACGGGAGGAGGUGCCUCGAUCGAGAUACUGAAAAGCUUGCGAGUGCUGGGGAAGCACUCUCGAAUUUGUGUAGAGGGGCUGUUCAACGAUCUCAGGCGCUAGAAAAAUUCCAGACACGUUGCUGCUUUACGUUCGAAGUAUCUAAUCAGGCGAUAAGGUCUGUCGACCUGGCUUUGUAGGGCUUUUGUCUAGUAUAUUAUCAAGUAGUGUGCAGUAUUCAUUGUAGAUAAUAUGAUAGGCAGCUAUUUUACAGACGUUAUAAGGUGUUGAGGAACACAUACCUAGUUCGAUCACUAACAUUGUAAGUCGACAAUUCAGCCAAAUCCGAUCUUCAGCAGGUGGCUGUUAGGUUGCAGUUGGAAUUCAAGAUCGAACCUUUUCCGGCCUGGCAAGCGCAGGAUCGCCUGCCAGAUUCAGGUGCAAGAUUGUGUUGGAUCAUUUGCUCUGGCC